AUGCCCACUCUCUCUGGAUACUAUACUUCUUUGUCGGGGCGAACCCUAACCAUCAAUGACCGGGAUGAGCUCGCGCUUCUCCCCAGAGGAAAAGAGCUAGAUGAUCAGACUAAGCUCCGUGCGGACGGAGAGUUCUGGCUGUGCCGUGACGAUGGUAGGGUCGGCAAAUUCGGCAAUCCAACCAAAGCCAUCUUACGUAUCAACGGACAAGGUUAUCACAUCUGGGUGGAGCCCCGUGGCUUCAGCAAUGGAAUGACCGAGUAUGGGCUGGUACCUAUUCUACCGCAGCACGAAUAUAGCAACACAUUCCUGGCGGUCAAUGAUCUCGACCAACUCGAUAUCGUCGGGCAAUGGGGGGCUGAGGCAAAAUUCCGCUGCUUUGAGUAG